AUGCACAUGUGGAUGGUGUUCCUGGACUUCAGUUCAGCGUUUAACACCAUCAUCCUACAGCACCUGCUGAGGAUAAUCACACUGAAGAACUUUGACAACUACACAAAGGUGCUGGGUGUGGGGUUCGCCACCUGGCAGGUGGGGAGCCGAACCAAACCAAUCUUCGUUAUGAGCCUGAACGAUCAGGGCACCAUCUGCAUGAAGUCUCAGAGCGCCUUUAAAACCACUGAGGUCAAAUUCAAGCUGAACGAGCCUUUUGACAAGACGACCGCUGAUGACUGGAAGAUGAGGACUGUGGUCAGUCUGGACAACGGCAAGCUUAUUCAGAAACAGGACUGGGAUGGCAAAGAAAUUAGUAUUGAGAGGGAGAUCUCUGAUGAAAAACUGGUGGCGAAAUGCAUAAUAGGAGACAUGGUGGCUGUGAGGAUGAACGUGAAGGAGUGACGCUACCUCAUUGGGUUUUGUUUGGAAAUGUGAUUUGUGAAUAAA